AUGAACCACCUAAAGAAAGCAAAAGACAACAUCCGGCAAUUGAUCACAUACUACAGUCCCCACAAUCCUAACCUGAGCAGACUUGUAGGCAGAGAGCGUGUUUUCAGCUGCAUCCUUGCGCUCAGAUCCCGUCUUGAACUCCGCCAGGUAGCGGUAGUAGUCACCCUUCAUUUUCAAGUAGAAGACCUUGGAAUCGCCGUUGGCUGCGGAUCCGAUGAGCUUCGAGUCGAGGAGCUUGAGAAUGCCGUCGCAGAUGGAGGACAGCUCGGCCUCGAUCUUAGAUCUGUAGCCUUUGAUGGCGGAGACGUGGGCCUCGUUGCCUCGGCUCUCCUCCUUCUGCUCGAUGGAGGAGAUUAUCCGCCAGGAGGCACGGCGGGCGCCGAUGACGUUCUUGUAGGCGACGGAGAGGAGGUUGCGCUCCUCGACGGAGAGCUCGUCGCCGUCGACGGCACCGACGACCUUCUCCAUGAACUCGACCAUCUCCUCGUAGCGCUCGGCCUGCUCGGCGAGCUUGGCCAUGUACACAUACUCCUCGCGUGGGGACGCCAUUAG